CGGCUCUUACCUUAUAAAGGCGUCGGCCGGGCGGUCUCCUCCCUGAGUGCGUCCGGAGCAGCAGCGGCUACGGUAUUCACUUCACCUGUCAGCUGUCUGUCCGUCUACCGCCGGCAUGUAUCGCUACCUGGGGGAGCUGGUGACCCGAGGAGGGGGAGCCCUGGCCUCCUGCGCCGCUGAGACUGCGCUCCCGGCCGCCUCCGCUCUUCCUCUCCGCCGCUACAGCCAGGCCGUGGACCAGGAUGACGACCCCAACUUCUUCAAGAUGGUGGAGGGCUUCUUCGACCGGGGCGCCGGCAUCGUGGAGGACAAGCUGGCGGAGGAUCUGAAGACCCGGGAGACCGACGAGCAGAAGCGGGUCCGGGUCAAGGGCAUCCUGCGCAUUAUCAAGCCCUGCAACCACAUCCUGAGCGUCAGCUUCCCCAUCAAGCGGGAUAACGGGGAGUGGGAGGUGGUGGAGGGAUACCGGGCGCAGCACAGCCAGCACCGGACACCCUGCAAAGGAGGUAUCCGGUACAGCACAGACGUCAGUGUUGAUGAGGUGAAGGCCUUGGCUUCCUUGAUGACCUACAAAUGUGCGGUAGUAGAUGUGCCUUUUGGUGGAGCCAAAGCUGGAGUCAAAAUUAAUCCUAGGAACUACUCGGAUGCAGAGCUGGAAAAGAUCACCAGGAGGUUCACGAUAGAGCUGGCAAAGAAAGGCUUUAUUGGACCUGGUAUUGAUGUCCCUGCCCCUGACAUGAGCACCGGAGAGAGGGAGAUGUCCUGGAUAGCCGACACUUACGCCAACACCAUUGGGCACACGGAUAUUAAUGCUCACGCCUGCGUGACCGGUAAGCCGAUCAGCCAAGGAGGCAUUCACGGACGUGUCUCUGCCACCGGUCGGGGGGUCUUCCACGGCAUCGAGAACUUCAUCAAUGAGGCUUCCUACAUGAGCCAGCUUGGGAUGACUCCUGGCUUCGGAGACAAGACCUUUGUCAUUCAGGGUUUUGGCAACGUGGGUCUUCACUCCAUGCGCUAUCUCCACCGUUUUGGUGCCAAGUGCAUUGGCAUCGGUGAAAUUGAUGGCACCAUCUGGAAUCCCAACGGCAUCGACCCUAAAGAGCUGGAAGAUUACAAGCUGCAACACGGAACGAUAGUUGGCUUCCCGAAGGCCCAGCCCUACGACGGAAACAUCCUGGAAGCAGAUUGUGACAUCCUUAUCCCGGCAGCCAGCGAGAAACAGCUGACCAAGUCAAAUGCCCAUAGGAUAAAAGCCAAGAUCAUUGCAGAAGGUGCUAACGGUCCUACAACACCCGAAGCUGACAAGAUCUUCCUUGAAAGGAACAUCAUGGUCAUUCCAGAUCUGUACUUGAACGCAGGUGGUGUCACCGUGUCCUACUUUGAGUGGCUGAAAAACCUCAAUCAUGUCAGUUACGGCCGCUUGACCUUCAAAUACGAGCGCGACUCAAACUACCAUCUACUCAUGUCUGUUCAAGAAAGUCUAGAGCGGAAGUUCGGCAAACAUGGCGGCUCUAUCCCCGUGGUGCCAACAGCUGAGUUCCAGGCCAGAAUAUCUGGAGCUUCCGAGAAGGACAUCGUUCAUUCCGGUCUCGCCUACACCAUGGAGCGCUCUGCAAGACAAAUCAUGCGCACGGCCAUGAAGUACAACCUGGGCUUGGACCUCAGGACUGCCGCCUACGUCAACGCCAUAGAGAAAGUGUUCAAGGUGUACAACGAGGCUGGCCUGACCUUCACAUAAACGGCAGAGGCUUCUCCGCGUCUUCUGCUUCUGUCAUCCCGUCUCAGAUAUAUCCAUGUUUACAUGUAACCACCAGACUCGACUUUCCCCCUCCCCCUCCUCCUCCUCACAUGCCUUGUAGAGGACACGAAUGCUUCCGUCCAUAUAUAUUUUUUAACCCCUUUAAAUGUACACAAUGUGGUGUAUAGAGACCCCCCUGUGCCCCCAAAAUAUUGGUUUCCCCCCUACUUGAGGCUGCGCGGUAGAAAUCUGGUGCUCCUGCCCCGAUUUACAUGUUGUAAGGACUACGAUCUGUAAUUGGUUAAAAAAAAAAAAAAUCACUGGGGCAUUCUGAUUGUUCGUAAGCCCUUUCUGCCCCCAUCCCGAAAGCCGUUAAAUGCACUUGAGCGCGCAGGCCUUAGUGAGGCGUUUAAAUGGCCCGGUUGCGCGUUAACCUCCCCUGGCCCCUUCGGACGUAUGCUGCUAAAAUAGCAUUUUAUGACAUCAUCAUGUUAAGAUCUAGACCUACUAAUAUUAGAACAAACAUAGCACUUGUACAUACGCAGCUGGGUUUUAAGAACACGGCAGUAGACGUUCAUCUACUGCCCCCAUCAGGCAUUCGUGUCUUCAGCCGUCGCCCUUAAAUAAUCUGUGACAUCAGGUUGCAGGGAAGCUAAUGUUUCUCUUUAGCAGGAAGAGGACAUUCAUGGGGGUUUUAAUGUUUGGAACAUGGCGGCUUUUGUCAUUAUGUAAUGUUCUGUUCGUGUUCUCAUCAUGAUCCGUUCACGAGCUUCUGGAACAACCGGCUUAAAUGAUGUCCUACUAGAAUAACCAACAGAUGUUUCUGGAAAUAUUUUUUUAGCUCUCUAAGGCCUUCCACAUAAUAAAAACACAAGUUUUUACAAUGUUA